GUGUCCACAACAUAAGGUCUAUACUAUCGUCUAGACAACGGGGCGUUCCUUCGCCUUGUACACAGCGACGGCGGAUGCACUGUUAUUUGAAAUAUAUUGCCAAGUACACUGCUUAGUGCAAUCGACUUUGCUUUAUUCAUAUCAAGCUUGAAGAUAAUAAGUGCCGGCCACAAUGCCUGUCGAUUCCUUAUCAGUAAGUUUCAUUCCCGUGGAAAUUUUCUUCAUUCAAACUUCUUCCCCGCAAACAAAGGGGGGAAAAAUAAGAAAAGAUAGGGACAGUUGCGUCUAUAGCGAAUAUAGACUAGGAUAUAGAGCACUUACAAGGUAG